UUUAAGUAGAACCAGUAAAGGCAUAACCUUUCCACCUUCUCCGAUCUAAAAAAGAACGAUCUUCAUUACAUUACACACAGAAUCCAAGAGAUGGGUAGUUACAGAAUGUGUCUCGUCUUCACGAGGAAGUUCAGAGUCACCGAGCCAGAUCCUGUCGAUGACGUCAGACACGUCUUCCAGAAAUACGCAGAAGGCGAGGCUCACAUGACGCCGGAGCAGCUACAGAAGCUCAUGGCGGAUGAAUCAGGAGGAGGAGGAUCGAGUCUCGAGGAUGCUGAGAGAAUCGUCGACGAGGUGCUUCGACGUAAGCACCACAUUGCAAAGUUCACCAGACGUAACCUCACCAUCGAGGAUUUCAACUAUCUUCUCUUCUCCACUGAACUCAAUCCUCCCAUCGGCGAUAAGGUCCAUCAGAACAUGGAUGCUCCUUUGUCUCAUUACUUUAUAUUCACAGGCCACAACUCCUACUUAACCGGAAACCAGCUCAGCAGCAAUUGCAGUGAUCUUCCCAUUGCAGAUGCAUUGAGACGAGGUGUGAGGGUGGUUGAGUUGGAUCUAUGGCCACGUGGUAACGAUGAUGUCUGUGUUAACCAUGGAAGGACCUUGACCAAACCAGUGAAACUUGGGAAAUGUUUGGAAUCUAUUAAAGCUAAUGCAUUUGCUACUUCAAAGUAUCCUGUCAUUAUUACUCUUGAAGAUCAUCUCACUCCUAAACUUCAAUCUAAAGUAGCCAAAAUGAUAACUCAAACGUUUGGAGAUAUGUUGUAUUACCAUGACUCUGAAAGCUGCAAAGAGUUUCCUUCACCAGAAGAGUUAAAGGGAAAGAUUCUAAUAUCGACAAAACCACCAAAGGAGUACUUAGAAGCUAACGAUGCCAAGGAGAAAGAUAAUGGAGAGAAAGGCAAAGAUUCAGAUGAGGAUGUAUGGGGCAAGGAGCCAGAAGAACUUAUUUCCACGCGGUCUGAACUCGAGAAGGUCGCAACUAAUAUAAGUUAUAAUAGUCAAGAUGAUGAGGAUAGAGGUUCUCGUGAUUUUGAUGCGUCAUGCCCAUUACAAGCACCAGAAUACAAGCGCCUUAUUGCCAUCCAUGCCGGGAAGCCAAAGGGCGGUUUAAGGAUGGCUUUGAAGGUUGAUCCAAACAAAAUCAGGAGGCUUAGCUUGAGUGAACAAUUACUUGAGAAAGCUGUUGCAUCAUAUGGUGCUGAUGUAAUAAGAUUCACACAGAAGAAUUUUCUGAGGAUAUACCCAAAAGGCACAAGGUUUAACUCUUCAAACUAUAAACCACAGGUUGGUUGGAUGAGUGGAGCUCAAAUGAUUGCAUUCAACAUGCAGGGGUAUGGAAGAGCAUUGUGGCUGAUGCAAGGAAUGUUUCGAGCGAAUGGAGGUUGUGGUUAUGUCAAGAAACCAGAUUUUCUAAUGAGUGUAGGUCCUAAUGGACAAGUUUUUGAUCCCAACGAGAACUCCUCUCCAAAGAAAACAUUAAAGGUGAAAGUCCUUAUGGGAGAUGGAUGGCACCUUGACUUCAAAAAAACUCACUUUGAUCUUUACUCUCCUCCAGACUUCUACGUUAGAGUGGGUAUUGCUGGAGCACCUGCUGAUGAGACCAUGGAGAAAACAGAAGUAAAGUAUGAUACGUGGACACCCAUAUGGAACCAGGAGUUCACAUUCAAGCUAACUGUUCCUGAACUUGCUCUGCUCCGUGUUGAAGUGCAUGAGUAUGAUGCAAAUGAAAAAGAUGACUUUGGAGGUCAGACUUGUUUACCAGUGUCCGAGUUAAGACAAGGCAUACGAGCUGUUCCACUCUUCAACCGAAAGGGAGUGAAAUACAGCUGCACACGGCUUCUUAUGCGCUUCGACUUUGUCUGAAGACGACCAUUUUUGGUUCUUGUAUCCUUCUAGAUUCAUGUAUCUUCUCUUGUUUAUUUGAUAUGUUCUGAGAAAUAUAUAGAUCCUUUUGCAUUCCUUUAAAUAUCUUACCAGUUUCUUGGGAUAUGAAGUUUUAAACCAAUAAGAACCAAAGACUAAUAACUUCUUGUGAGUUUAUAUCACAUUAAUAAGCAUCUCUCAUCUUAGAUCUUAGCAUACAAUCUUAUAAUAAAAGUAUGGAAGCAAAGGUGAUACCAAUAGUUGUUAUAAUAAAACUUCAUAUCCCAAGAAACUCGACCUCUAAGAUGAGAGAUGAGAGAUGCUUAUUAAUGUGAUAUAAACUCAAAAGAUGAGAGAUAGGGUUGUGUGAAGAUCUGCAGAAAUCAACAUAGAAACUCCACUUCAUAUCCAGGGAAUAGAUGGAAGAGAAAGAGGAAGGCAAAGAGGCAUACCAGAAGCAAAAAAGGAAAGCUUAGGAGGUAUACAACAUGGAGUUGUGUUUCAGUGACAAGUUGAGGAUGAAGAGAGGAGCUCCACCUCUGGAUGUGGUGUGGUGGCAGCGUUUGUAGAGUAUACCUUUUCUGCAUCUGCAUACCCUGUGAUCUUAACUUUUGAAGAUCAUUUGACACCAUAUCUUCAAGCCAAAGCAAAACCCAGGUGCUUUCUUGAUCUUACUGAAACAUCAUUGCUGUGUUAGGCCCCAAAUUAUUGAAAUCCUUCUCAAACCGUUUAUAGCUCCCAAAAUCUAAGGGCCGGCCCUACCUUCACCCAAAAGAUCUCAAGUACAAAGUAGUAGUAUUCACUAAACUUCCCAAAGGGAACCUGAAAAAGGAAAAGGAUUCUGAGUCAGAUGUAUCAGGAAUGGCAUCAUCAGAUGUUUCAACCGCGCGACAGACGAUGAGAAGACUCUGAGGAAGAACCAAGCUAAAAAUGAAGAGAAUGGAUUUUUGAUCAAGAAUCCAGCAACUACAGUCCCCUGAUAUUUGAUUCCUUCUGGAAAACCCAAAAAUGGAUUGAAGAAAGCACUUAGGGUCGAUGAUGGUGGAGUUAGAUGGAGCACAAGUUCAAGAAAGCCAUUGAAAUGUAUGGAACCGUAAGUCAUACAUGCAAAUUCAAAAGAGACUAUUGGUUUUGAGCUAGUUCUAUACUUGAGUAAUCAUAAUAUCCAAAAGGCCACUUGAGUAACCUCCUCCAACUACAUGCCACUCAGCGGUUGGAUGCACGGGAAAAGGAUGGGACUCUGGUUUCCAGAGAGCAUGUUUCAACAUUUUGUAUGAUUGCAAAGGCGAUAGACUCGUUGCGGUUACACUUCUCAUGCGGUUUCAGUUUGCUUAAAAAAGAGAUCUUUUUUUUUCUUUUCUUAUUGUCAUCCUUGAACAGAGUUGGAGCAGAGAAGCUUUCACUGUUGACAAAAAAAUCAAUUCUCAGUAAUAACUUGUGGAUGAAGCAACACGAUAUCCUAC